CACACACACGCACUGCAGACGCACAUGCGCACAGCUAAAGGCAGCAGCUGAACGUGGUGUCAAAACACAGGGAAAUCAGCAGCCGCGGCAACAUCUCUGUCGGACUCAGCUUCACCUCUGGGUUCUCCUCGGAAAAGUCUUCGUCCCAAAGUGUUUUCCAUCCACGUCCUCGUACCAUGACCGAACAAUCAGCACUACUUCUUCGAAAACAACUGGCAGAGCUCAACAAGAACCCCGUGGAGGGCUUUUCAGCUGGUCUGAUAGAUGAUGAUGACAUAUACAAAUGGGAGGUUGUGAUCAUUGGUCCACAAGAUACCCUUUUUGAAGGAGGGUUUUUCAAAGCAUACCUAACCUUCCCUUAUGAUUAUCCACUACGGCCUCCAAAGAUGAAGUUCAUCACCGAAAUCUGGCACCCAAAUGUUGCAAAGAAUGGGGAUGUUUGCAUCUCAAUCCUGCACGAGCCAGGGGAAGAUAAGUUUGGUUAUGAAAAGCCUGAGGAGCGUUGGCUUCCCAUCCACACAGUAGAGACAAUCAUGAUUAGUGUUAUCUCCAUGCUGGCAGACCCCAACAGUGAUUCACCAGCUAAUGUGGAUGCGGCGAAAGAGUGGAGGGAGGACCCUAACGGUGAAUUUAAGAGGAAGGUGGCUCGCUGUGUAAGAAAAAGUCAAGAGAUGGCGUUUGAUUAGGAGUCAAUUGUAAAUUCCAGGUUAAAGGAUGCCUUCAGAGGGAAAAUUUCAGCAAAAGGCUUUUGCACCCCUUGUUUUGCCAGUCGAAGGAAUUGGUUGACCCCAACCACGUUUCUUUGAGCGGUUGUCAUUUUCCGCAAUAUGAGCCAAUUUGAGAACCUUACCAGCAAAAUUAACCUGUUUCCUACCUGGAAUUGUAUAUUUAAUUUU